CAUAUCUUAGUGACUGGAAAAAUGAAAGUAGAAGAAAUAAUAAGGGAGCUGCUUUGUUGACAAUCUAAGCCCACAUCUCAGCUCCAGGUCUGCAUGCCAAUGACAGCCAUACUUUGGGUCCAGGAUGUCCUGCAAACAUGUCCUGGGACAAGCUGACCCUGUUAUCUGAAGAAGUGCCAAGCAUUUCCUCAGUAUCAUAGCCAGCUCUCUGCCACCAGGGGACAGGCAUACAGGAACUGGGUGGAGGAGGUCCAGAGUGGAUGCCGACCACCCUUGUCCAGCCCCUCCCUCUCUCCGCAUGCCAGGACAUCUGGUAUGCGACCCUGUGAAGGCUCAUUCAACCCCCAAAGGGGCCGUGACCCCCAGGUUGAAAACCGUUGCAUCAGGUAUUGCUUUCUUCGUGAACUCAGUGGCCAAACCUGUGCCAGAACCUGUGGCUGCCCUUGCUCCAGCUGCGGAGGCUGUGGCUGGGGCUGUGCCUAGCCUACCAUUAAGCUACUUGAGCAUCCUGAGGUUCAUCCUGGCUGGCCUGGGCAUUCCGUUGGAUCCCCUCAUAGAGGGUUCCAGGAAGUGUGUCACCGAGCUGGGCCCUGAGACUGUAGGGGCUGUGAAGACACUGUUGGUAAUGUGGGCAUCUUCCCUGCAUGGCUCUCCCUCCCUAUGUGGGUACCCCUCCCCAGCCACCUUCACCAUCAUGUAGGAGGCAGCCCAGCCUGCCUCAGGGAACGCCUGCUUCCUGUUCUGCUCCUGCAAGCCAUAUCCUAACCAACCUGUGAGGAGCCCAAGGAGUUCGUAGGGGCAUGCCUUUUCACAAGUGGCUGCCAGCAGGCCAUGACACUUGUCCUAGAAACUGCCCCCCAUGGGGUUUACAGGAACCUUUCUCAGAACCAGCAGCUAUGCCUUUCUGAGUAACCUCGGGUGCCCAGGUCCUCUCCUCAGCAAUCCUUGGUAGCAGUGAAGGGCACUCUCAAGCUUGGCUUCU